GUCGGUUUGGAUGGGUGACCCAGGACGCUGGCUGUCUCACCGGUGGCCCGUCUCCUGAAAGACGUAUCCCGGCUGCGGGUUGCACUGCUACUCGUUGGUCUGCGAAUGCACUGGGAAUUUUUAUAGGGAAGUGUUGUAGUACGCGAUGGCUGGAAAGCAGGGUCCGUGCCCAUCUUGGUGAGGUAUCUCUCGGGCUGAUGAUUCGCACUGUGUCCGUGCGGUAAAGCCCGGUCUGUUAGGCGUUUUCCCGGUGUUGGGCAAUACCUGGUCCCUGGCCACGUCAGUAGACCUGCGCACUGCAGGUUACAUUCUGGUGACUGGUCCUCACAAGGAGCUCAUUCAUUCUUCGUCUCUUGCGUAACACACAUCCACAUCUGUAGGAACUCUGUCUGUGCCCCCGUCCCCGAGCACUCUGUUGGCAGUGUCGGUGGAUUACAGUGGCGUGAGCCGCUUGGGAAAUCCGUGCUCAAAGAGACCCUUCAGAGCUCAUAAUCAGGAAGUGACAGCAAGAAUCUAGACUUUCUGCUGCGUUCAGCCGGAGCCAGGUUGCUGCUUCGUGGCACGUAAGAAGUCUUCCGCUGUUCCCAUCCGCAAAAUGACGUCGGAGAUGAUCCUGGUGACAGGUGGAGCUGGUUAUAUCGGUAGUCACUGUGUGGUUGAGCUGGUUAAAGCUGGAUACGUUCCCGUCGUGAUAGACAAUUUUCACAACGCCAUCCGAGGGAAAGAUGGAGUUCCCGAAAGCAUUCGUCGUGUGAGCGAGAUUACAGGAAAAGAGAUUAUCUUCCGAGAAAUUGACCUGCUUGAUGAAUCGGCUCUACGUAAUCUCUUCACAGAGUUCAGAUUCUCAGCUGUGAUUCAUUUUGCGGGUUUGAAAGCUGUAGGUGAAUCUGUCCAGAAGCCUCUUCUUUAUUACAAGGUCAAUCUUACAGGAACGAUUAAACUACUGGAGGCCAUGAAAGAACAUGAUGUCAAAGACAUUGUAUUCAGCAGUUCAGCAACAGUGUAUGGUUCUCCCGAUCACCUACCUAUAGAUGAGAAACAUCGUGUUGGCAGCUGCACUAAUGCUUACGGAAAAACAAAAUACUUUAUAGAAGAGAUGAUCCGCGACCUCUGCAAUGUAGAAAAGGACUGGAAUGCAGUGCUGCUUCGAUACUUCAAUCCUAUUGGUGCACAUGAGUCGGGAAUGAUUGGUGAGGAUCCUCAGGGUAUUCCCAAUAAUCUGAUGCCAUACAUUGCACAGGUUGCCGUUGGACGCCGGCAGUGCCUGAGUGUUUUUGGGAAUGACUAUGACACAGUUGAUGGCACAGGUGUCAGGGACUACAUUCAUGUUGUGGAUCUUGCAAAGGGACAUAUUGCUGCAUUGAAGAAACUUAAAGAGAAAUGUAACUGCAAGGUGUACAAUCUUGGUACUGGGACGGGCUAUUCAGUGCUACAGAUGGUGAAAGCAAUGGAAAAAGCUUCUGGCAGAGAGGUUAAGUAUCAGAUUGUUCCACGGAGAGAAGGAGAUAUUGCUUCCUGUUAUGCCAAUCCAGCUCUUGCAGAAAAAGAACUUGGAUGGAAGGCAGAAUUUGGAAUUGAUAAGAUGUGCCAAGAUUUGUGGAAUUGGCAAUCCAAGAAUCCUUAUGGUUUCAGCAAGAAUUAAGGAUCUGAUGCAAAAUCCAACAGUUGUUUUUUAAAGGAAAGAAUUUUAAACUUUUUAAUGAAAACCCUUUUAUUUUGGAAUAGUCUGUUAAACAGAUCACUCGUAAUGAAAAGCAGAUCCAAAGCUCUGAUAUUCCCGUCUGUAAAGUGGGUGGUGUAGUGUAAAAAGGCAAAGUAGUUUUAUAGAAGCUGUAACACACAAAACACUGGAGGAACUCAGCAGGUCAGGCAGCAUCUGUGUAAAAGAGUAAACAAUUGACGUUCUGGGCCAAGACCCUUCAUCAGCCCAAAUAUCCACUGUUUAUCCCUCUACAUCGAUGCUGCUUGAUCUGCUGAGGUCCUCCAAUAUUUCACGUGUGUUGCUCUAGAUUUCUAGCCUCUAUAGAAUUCUUUUUAUUUAUGUGUAGAAUGUUGUAGUCUUUUCCUUUGAAGGAACACAUGAUUUAGUGAAUUUCCAAUUUACCAUAAUACCUCAUGUUUAAUAUUGAUUAUAUCUAUGCAGGCAAUUGAAGUGCACUGUUUGUUGAGAGUAGCUUCUUGCAUUUUUAUUGUUGAAAAAUCCAUGAUCAAAUCAUUGGUCUUCAAACUAAAAUUACAUAGAACUAUAUAGAAACAAUUAUAGAGUUAUAUGCUGCACACAGGUUGGGUGUAGCUGCCUGUGAUUUAAACUUUUCUACUUUUGAACUCCUUUGCAAUAAUUUCAUUUACAAUAAACUAAAUUUUAGAAUG